UACGAUCAACAUAGCAUGUCGGAAAACCGACGAUUCCUUAGAGCCCAGUCUUCCUCGGAUAGAUGGAACUCAAAACAUAUCAAUGAUGUCGAAAAAGAAAGUAAAGAGAAUCGGUUUUUUGCCUAUAUUCAGCAAAGCGAUGCCCAUUGCACGAUGUUCCUGACUUCUCCUGAAAGGGAUAAAAUGAACGCCUCGUCAGCCUCUGAUGGUGAUAGACAGAACCUUCUCGAACGAUUACUUGAUGCCGUUAAACAGUGUCAAGUCCGAUUUGGUGGAAAGACUGAACUGGCGACAGAUGGUGAUAGCAGAGUGACCUGCCUCUUGGCACAGCUAGAAAAUAUUUUACAGCAUGGCAUGAAAAAACCUAAGGGCACGGCAAGAGCAUUCAGGCAAGUUAGCCAAGUUGCUGGACUUAUGAAGCAAGAUGUGGAGCCUGUAUUUUGGAAUUUUAUUGUGGAACAUCUUGGUAAAAUGGAGAAGGAGCGAUUCACAAAACUCCAAAACAUCACUACCGAUGCUGGUCGAGGGAGAGCUUGGUUAAGAUCAACAUUGAAUGAACACACUCUUGAGAAGACCUUUCAUACUCUCAUCGGAGAUCCAGACCUGCUUAGUAAUUAUUACGAUCAUCAUGCAUUCUUGAGGGAUACUGAGAGGGCCAGUAUGCUCCCAAUGAUGGCGGCAGGACUGAGUUCCAUUCUUUUUGCUCUUGGAAUUGACAAAGAGGACCUAAAUGCUGUAAAACCGGCCCCACAUGUGGUGCAGACGUCAAAAGAAGUAUUCGCCAACAUCUUAUCGUCCUUUCCAAACACCAACAAACCAAAAACGGACCAUACUCCUGCCCCGGUGUACUCUGGGAAUGUCUCAGACGUUGAUAAAAAGACCGACAAGAAAAAGAAGAAGCCCCGUAAAAAAGUCGUCGCCGCCAUUGCAUCUAUCGAAGAGGGCGAGGGAUCGGUAGAAAACUUGAAUGAAACUGGUUGCAGUGACUUUGUCUUCUCCAAAGGUGUACCGCUGACCGACGCUUACCGUGCACCGCCGUCUUCCUCAAAAUCAAAAGGCCAUACUAGGUCGUCGUCUUACCCGGGUAAAAUCACCACAGGAAUAUCGCACGAUAGUACUGCGACAAGUUUACCUAAAGCGCCGUUUUUGGAGCAAUUUUCAGAGAGUGGUGAGUUUUCCCGCCAGAUUUCACUUUCUGAUACUUCCCUUAGUAAGGAUACUGUCAACUGGUCGAACGAUGGGAAUUCCGACGGCGAUUUCAAAGUUGGGAAAACAACUUUCUAUACAGGCCAGGCUGUUAAUACAGUCGAAGAAAUGGGUGAAUACGAAAGUGGAGAGAGCACUCCGAAUUUCAGGUUUGGGUUUCCAAUUAUCAAUGAUGCCACUCUCACGAACACGGUUUCUUUCGAUGAUGAUCCAAAUGAAUUUUCACGCAGACAGAAUGCAAGCGGUUCAAGAGAAAAUGAACAAGAACAAGAACAAGGUUCUAGUAGCUCAAAUUUUAGUAAGACUUUUAAAUAUAAUCCUGGUCUAUCUUCCGAAACAUCGGGAGUUAAUGAACAUGGCAGCGAGUGGACUGGGUAUAGUGUAGACGAGCUUGAAGACCAGGAAAUGGAUGUCGACUCGUUAGACCGGAAGUUUGAUCCACGAGCUGAUUCGUUUACGGUAAUAGGAAGCGGGGAGUCCCUGACGCCAGUGAAAUCAAAGGGGUCUAGCGUUGCUCGGUCGCGGACGGGAGAGCCUGUUGAUAGGGAUGUAUCUUCUCCUUAUAAGGAAGAUGGCGAAAGCUCGCGGGAUAAUAUAUCGAUGUCAAGCAAUUCCUGGAUUGACGAGGAAGAAUGUCCAGAGCAACGCAACAACGAUUUUCUUAUAAAGGGUCGUUCCAAUUCUCUCACGGCCGCCACUGAAGCCGCCGUCGCUGCUUUGGAAAUAUGCGCGCAUGCGCAGAGUGACCAAGUGUCAAGUAUGACGCGUACCCUAGGUGAUGGUAGUGCUAACACAAAUGAGGAGUCUGGAAGGAGUCGCCAUGACAGCAUGACUACAAGUGAGCUGAAACAAGCGAUCGUGUCGAUGAUGCUGCGAAAAGACGAGAUCGAAGAGCAAAACAGAACUCUUCGCCAGCUGAUGGAGGAAAAGCGUCGGGAGAUUGAGGGGCUACGAGCUGAGGCAAACCAGCUUCGACACGAGUCAAAGACAAGAGAAGAACGAGAAUCAUCAACGAUAGCAGCGUUAACCAGGGAAAACGAGGUCUUGAAGCAUCAAUUGAAGAAGUAUGUUAGCGCCGUACAGCUGCUGAGAAGUGACAUGGCAGAAACUCAGUUUAAUGACGCGGCAGCCACACUUGGAAUCAGGCAGGACGAGACAAUUCCAAAACUUCCCGAGAAGUCCGCCGUGGAUGACACUGCGAGGGAAGAGGCGAACGAGUACAAGAAAAAGCUCAUACAGGUCGCUGAGAUGCACGGAGAACUGAUGGAGUUUAACCAACGAGUGCAGAAACAAACUGCUUAUUGGCAGCACCAGACACGCCGCAUGCGCGAAGAACUCAUCAACCUCAGAGGACCGCUCCCCGAGGACUGUUGCAGUGCGGAUGUCGACGCUAACUUAGAGGACUUUGAUCCCGCUAUCGUCGCCGCUAACUCACGACCUCUCAUAAGCGUCUGGAUUCCAUCGGUUUUCAUGAGGGGGAAGGGGUCAUCCGGGGUACACCUGUACCAGGUUUACAUUCGAAUCAAAGAUGAUGAGUGGAACGUCUACCGUCGCUAUUCACAGUUUCACGAUCUUCACAAAAAGCUCUGCAAGAAGCGCUCUGUUGUGGGUAGUUUCAAAUUCCCUCCAAAGAAAACUUUGGGGAACAAGGGAACCAAAUUCGUUGAAGAAAGACGAAAACAUUUGCAAGACUACAUAAGACGAAUUGUAAACUUGUUGACCACAACUGACGAGGAACUUAGUGCAAAUACUAACAAAGCCAUUCUGCUAAAGAUCGUGCCUUUCUUUGGGGAUCCCUACCCGCCAGACAGGGACAUGAGUGAAAUGGCACCAAAACGUAAACGAGGCUCGGAUCCUUACAAUGGGCUUUAGACACAGGGAGCCCAGGCAAGUGGCCUUGAAUCGUUCGUAAUCACCCUUAUAGUGUGUUAUGCGUUACUGUGGCCACCAAGACAAAGUUAACCAUGCGACGCACGCUACCGUGGCCACUAAGACACAGUUUACCAUGCGACGCGCGCUACCGUGGACACUAAGACAAAGUUUACCAUGCGACGCGCGCUACCGUGGCCACUAAGACAAAGUUUACCAUGCGACGCACGCUACCGUGGCCACUAAGACAAAGUUUACCAUGCGACGCGCGCUACCGUGGACACUAAGACAAAGUUUACCAUGCGACGCGCGCUACCGUGGCCACUAAGACAAAGUUUACCAUGCGACGCACGCUACCGUGGCCACUAAGACAAAGUUUACCAUGCGACGCGCGCUACCGUGGACACUAAGACAAAGUUUACCAUGCGACGCGCGCUACCGUGGCCACUAAGACAAAGUUUACCAUGCGACGCGCGCAACUGUGGCCACCAAGAAAAGAUUUUGUGUUUGCCAAUUGUGAUGUUCACUGUUGUGAUUGAUACGAGCUAGAAAGAUUCAAUCGUGUUCUGAUGUGCACUUAAAGAAGGCCAAUCACGCAGCCGUUUUAUGCUCCCGCUGAAUGCCGAGUCACAAAAAGCACCUUUUGCAACGGUUAAUUCAAGAGGGUAACCAGGAUAUUUACAAUCAAAUAUCGUCAAAAAUGUAUCAGACUUUAUUCGUAGAUUGCUAUUUAGAAGUUUCCUGCGAGUAAACCAUUUUUAAUGGUAAACAAUAACAAAGGAGUGGUUGAUCGACAUUUUGUUAGCUUUUUAUUACCACACUGCUUGGCGAGUGACGUUUAUGCCAAUCAGAUGGCACAACUCAGGCAUCUUUAUUGACCUGCUGUAUAAAACUUUUAAUAUUAAAGCUACACGCAUUUUAUUUUAUAGCUUUCCUCUGAAAUAGAUUCGUUUGGACUACCAGAACGGUUAUGUAUACCUCCAUAUUUUAAGAAUCAAUCAGAUUAAGUCUUCUUGCGAUGCCUUUGUGCAUCUAAUUCAAUCUAGCUUUUUAUUCCAUUUUUGAAAUCGUGCUUAGCUUUUUCAUAUUUUUUUUACAUCCUCAUGAGUUUCUUAUAAUAAUAUAUACAAAAUGAAGUGUUUUUAUCCAAAUCAAAAUUUUUAUUAUAAAAAUUAUUACAAUAGAACCUGAAAAUAGAGUGGUUUUCAAAAUCCCGUGCAACAAAAUGUAAUUGGAAAUUUGUAAUAGUCAAGCCAGAAUAAAAGAGAACAAAGACAUUACAGUGUAUAAGUACUAAAAUAAACUAAAUAGUAUUUCACGGGUUUUUGAAAACCACUCAGUGGGUCAUAUUUCCCCCCAAGCUCCCUUGCAGUCCUAGUGACCUCACGACAGUUCAUCUACAGCAACAAUAGAAUAGAACAGGGGCUCAUAAGUAGGGGCAAUCACUUGUAUUAUACAAGUGUCACGGCGUUUCCUAGGAUCAGGCUAUUUUUAGACGCACGCUCACGAACGGGCCAAUCAGAUACGCUGGCGUUGGUCGCGCGCGCGAGUGACGUGAGGCUGCAGGCGAAAAUUUGAGUUAGGAAGAAUAUUUUUUAUCCGUCAUCCGUCGGUUUUGUUUGGUCAACAAAAGAAUUGCAAGCCAGAAUUAAAUUCGUAGGCAAGGUUGGAUUCAUAUUGAAGAAGAGAGCAACGAAAGUCAAAGUACCGAAGAGAUAACAUAGCUUUUUGUCUUAGACUGCGCGUGCAGUUGAGCUCAGCCAAAACGUCAGCACAAAGGUCGCAUCUGAUUGGCUUACUCGCGCGUCUUAAAAUAACCUGAUCCUAGGAAACGCCGUGACACAUAUAAUACGAAAAUGUGGGAAAGUUGAUUGCCCCUACUUAUGAGCCCCUGAAUAGAACUAUUAGAUAUUGAUCAAAUGUUAGUUCUAGUUACCAUAUCACAUCGAUAGCACUACUUUUUUCAAGGUCUUCCAUGCAUGACAGAAAACUUCCAAUUACAAUAUUUUAGAUUGUUGCAUGGAAUUUUUGAAAUAAACUUACUCAAAAUUG